UGUUUGUAUUUCGUGAAGCAAAAUGGCAUAUUCCCUCUUUGAACAACUAAAAGAAGACGCACUGAAGUGCGCACUGUGUUUCGAGGUUCCUGGAGAUGGCGGCACAGAAAAUAUUUUCAAAUACCUAAGAUGCCAUCACAUAUUUUGUAAAAAUUGUCUUGAGAAAUUGGUGAAACCAGGCCAACAAAUUACCUGCCCUAAUUGCCGUGAGGAAACAGUACUGGACAGCACUGCUGGGUCUGUGAACAAGCUACCGUCAGCCUCGCAUGUUACAGAUGUGAUUGACUGGAUAAAUAAUAAACAAGUAAAGGAACUAAAAGGCCAGACGAUAGAUCGACAAUGUCCGGAGCAUAAAGUACAAAUUAAUUUCUUUUGCAUUGAUUGCAAUGAGUACGUAUGUGGAGACUGCUUGACACUCACGCAUGAUAGAGAACAUACAUCACUAUAUAUCAAAACAGAAGCAGGACCAAUACGCGAGGCAAUAAAGGAGAUGAUCAAAGACAUCGAGUGUCAAGUGUUACAUUGGAAGAAAGCCGAAGACCAAAAAAACAAAAUUAUUGGACGAAUCAACGCGGAUGCAGCUAAUGCAAAGGCAUUGUUAAAUGAAUAUACAGACAGAGUCAGGAAGGCUCUGGAAUCCAAAAGAGCAUCUUUAAUGAAAUCAGUAGGAAAUGAACAAAUGGAGAAACUCCAUAAAUUGAGAAAAGAAAAGGCAGCAAUAACCCAGCAAAUGGUAGAAAUCGAAUUUAAGAUGGCAAAAGCGAGGAGAUCUUUGGAACAGGCAGACGAUUACGACGUUUUCAAGGAACGCAUUGCAAUUGGAAAAAUACAUAAAGAAGUUCUUGCCAAACCACCUCCUACUCUGAACAAUCAAACAUUAGGAAUUCUGUUGAGGUUUUCACCUAAUUUAAUUUCUUUCAAACGUUUGCAAUCAGACCUUAUGCGGAUUGGAACAGUGCAUACAUCCAAUGAAUCACUGAUUCGUGUAAAAAAUAUACUUUGUAAAAACACACCCCAAUCUGUUUUGGAAUGCAUGGAAAGUGCUGUGAAGGAAGCAUAUGCAUUAGAUGUCUACAAACUUACACAAAAUGAAGACAGAAGAACAAAAGCUAGAUUUAUUAUGAACCGUUUGGAAGAGGUUUUUCAUGAAAAAUGGAGUUGCUUUAUAGGAGAUUUCUCGUGCUGCUCUUUGCAACUACAAGAGCAGACUCAUGCCCUUUAUGCCGUUAAUGACUCUGAUAAAGUUUUAAUUUUUAAAAACAUGCCAAGUGCAGUAGAUCUCUCGAAAGAACCUAAAUCUAAAAGAACUUCAAACGUCAAACAAGACAACAUUUCGAAAGAUCAAGCUAAAAUACUACACAGUAGCUAUGACAAAAAAGCUGACAGCACUGCCUUAGAAUGUGUGCAGAAAAGCCUUGAUAGUAGUAGUACUAAGUCUUUCAACAAUGACACAACAUUCAACACCACUCAGGACGUCAGAAUCAAAAUUAAAGCACCUAAGCAAUCCUCAAACCUCAAACAGGGCAACUUUUCAGGUGAAGUUAAAAUAAUACACAGUAGUUACGACGAAAUAGCUGACAGCAUUGCCUUAGAAUGUGUGCAGAGAAACCUUGAUGGCAAUAAGUCGUUCACCACUGACACAGCAUUCAACAUCGCUCAAGACUUCAGCACCAGAAUGAAAGCGCCAUGGCAAUGCAUAAUUCAUAACUGUGCUAUGAUAGGCCUGAGUCGGGAACACAUUCAAAAGAUGAAGUCCGACACUCCAUCUAUGAUAACCGUUCGGGCAGAUGGUAAAGAUGUCUGGUUGCUGAAGAUGAUUAGCUUUAAUUAGGUAGUAAUCGUGUUGGCAGAGAUUCCCCCACACACACCACGUCCCUACCAUGGUUGGGUCUGUACAAUGUCAACAAAUCUGGAGAAUAGGCGCCUCUAUUUUGCUCGGAAAUGGUACUUGCAGAGUGUAAAAUUCUUUUUAAAAGCUGUAAAUAAUGAUUGGCUUCUUAACGACGGGCGAGUGAUGGUGGGACAUUGCUGGGUUCCCCGACAAGAGGGGCCUGUACCCCGGACCAUGCUGGUCCCGUAACUGGGCAGUUUGAACUAUAUUAUCAAGUCAUGGAAAGGUACAUCCAUUCAAUACAUUUAGAAUUUGCAAGAGACAUAGUUCUGAUAUAUGCCUACUCAUCAUUUGAGAGCAGCAUGCAUCAGCACAGUUAAGUUCAACAAGUGGUGUCCCUGAUUAUAUUCCUGAGCUGCAGUUUUUUUAGUACAGAUACAUACGGACCUGCAUUACAGGUCCAUUUUGAUUUUGACUAAAUUUUUGUAUUUGUUUUACUAACAAUGAAAAUUCGAAUUGUAAAUACCUCAUUGCAAUGAUUUUAAACCAAAAAAAAAAAAAAAAAAAAAAAAAAAAACCAAAAAAAAAAACA